AUGGAAGAAAACCAUUUAUUGUCAUUACGACCAUUAAUUGAAACGACUGAUGAUGAUUCUGAUUUAUCCAUCGAUUCAGACGACGAAAUUAUCGAUAAUGUUAUGGAUGUCACCAAUCUUACUGAAGAAUCACGAGACGAUGAAGAAGAAGAGGGUGUCGAACAACAACAAACACAAAUCAAUAGUUCACAAUCUUCCAUUUUUCUUACAACAGUGAUUGCAUCUCAAUCAAAAGAAUCUUCUAGUAAUAAUAAUAUCCCCUUUUCUGAAAGAAAGGGCUAUAGCCGCGUUAAAACUGUUUAA